UAUCACGUGACACACAGCAACCAUGCAAAAUGGAGGCCAGGGGCUGGGGCGAACUGCCCACUGCUCACAUCUCCUGUCUCUUUCCAGAAGUAUUGACAAUUAUUUUCAGCUAUCUUGAUGUGAAGGACAAGGGAAGAGUAGCACAGGUUUGCACCGCAUGGCGAGAUGCAGCCUACAGUCGCAGGGUUUGGCGAGGAAUCGAUGCUAAACUGCACCUUCGUCGAGCGAAUCCCUCUUUGUUUCCAAGUCUGGUGAAACGUGGUAUAAAACGAGUACAGAUUUUAAGUUUGCGACGUAGUUUAUUACGUGAUGUGAUUUGUGGGAUUCCAAACAUUGAAACCUUGAAUCUAAGUGGGUGUUUUACCUUAACAGAUAUUGGUCUUGGGCACGCGUUUUCACAAGAUUUGCCCGGCGUUACAGAGCUAAAUCUAAGUCUGUGUAAACAAGUGACCGACAGUAGCCUGGGGCGAAUCGCCCAGAGUUUGAAAAACUUGGAACUGUUAGAGCUAGGUGGUUGUUGUAACAUCACAAACACUGGCCUCCUCCUGAUAGCAUGGGGUCUGAGGAAGCUAAAAUCCUUAAACCUGAGGAGCUGUCGACAUGUUUCCGAUGUUGGAAUUGGGCAUCUUGCAGGAUUGAGUCCCCAUGCAGCAUCUGGGACACUAGAACUCGAACAUCUGGGAUUACAAGACUGUCAAAAACUCACUGACCAAGCCUUAAGGCAUGUCAGUUCUGGCCUGUUGAAUCUCAAGACUAUUAACCUCAGUUUCUGUGCAAGUGUCACAGAUUCUGGGUUGAAAUUUCUUGCCAAAAUGCCUAGUUUGAAGGAACUCAACCUGCGAAGCUGUGAUAAUGUGAGUGACACUGGUCUGGGGUAUCUGUCGGAAGGUGCAGCAAGAAUUGUAGCAUUAGACGUCAGUUUCUGUGACAAGAUCGGUGAUCAAGGGUUGGUGUUUCUUGCUCAAGGAUUUUACAGCCUGCGAAGAUUGUGUCUUAGUGCCUGUAACAUAAGUGACGAUGGUGUGGACCGUCUUGUGAAUUCUCUUCAUGAUUUAACGACUUUGAAUAUUGGCCAGUGUGUAAGGAUCACAGACAGAAGUUUAGGCUUGGUGGCUGAUCAUCUAAAAAAUCUUGAAUCUAUAGACUUAUAUGGGUGCACAAGAAUUACAACAGUAGGCCUUGAACGGAUCAUGCAGCUUCGCACGCUCUCAACUCUAAAUUUAGGCCUUUGGCACAAAAAAUGAAGAUAAUUGAAUUAUAUAUCACAGAUGACAACUCCAUUGGUGCAUUAUAAAGAGCUAACUUGAGAAUAUAUAUAUUUUUAUUUCAAUCAUUUACAUAUUUUUGUCUUUAGCCAAGAUCAUGAUAAGUGGUUAAAGUUUAAAUGAUGUAAUUUAACAUAUUUUAAUGAAACUUCAUCAUUUCAGAGAUGACGUUAUGUAUACAUAAAGAUUAAGUUACAAGGUGACAUGAAGUAUUUGAACUGUAUGGUGGCUUCCUGAUAGAUCCAUUUCACAAAAUGACAUCAUGGUUGGGCAAAGUGAAAAAAGUGUGAAGUUAUUUAAUUUUAUUAAGUUUUUUUGAAAUGCGUAAUGGCAUAAUGUGAAACUUUGUAAGAAUGCAACUGAUUUGAGUUCUGCUGACAUGAGUGUAAAUGAAUUUUCGUUGAAACAAUAAAUAUAAAAUUAUUUUUCUGUAUACGUUUAUAGGUAAAUAUAAGUGUACAAUGGACAGGUACAUUUUUAUCAUAUUAUUUAAUUACUGUUGCAAUGAAUGCCAAACAUUGCCAAACGUUUUACUGGUCCCCAGCACAGACAUUUUUGAUAACAUGGUAUUAUAGGCUUUUAUAGCUUAUAAUUAUAAAAGUACAUUUUUACCAAAGAUAUGUUUUGUUUCAUACCAGUAGGUAUAUAUAUAAUACUGGUAUGCCGAAAUGGUUGUCAGAAGUGUCGUGCAUUUAUUUCAUUUCUUAUUUAGAGCACUUUUGUGAAAUUUAACUUGUGUCUUACGGAAUUAUUUCUCCCUUAACAUGUAUCAGUGCUUUCAAAAUUCUCUCAAAAUGACAGGAACAGUGUACAAUUUUUGACAAGAGCUUUAAUAUUGAUGUGAAAUUAACAAGAAAGCGUAUAUCAAUAUAUGGUCACAUUUCUAUUCAGACUGAUAGGAAUGAUAUGUUUUGUAAAAUCAUUUUAAAAAAUGACUGAUAUAGCACUAAAUAAGCUACAUACACAUGUAAACUGUAUGUAUAUUAUCCCUGGUGCUGAUCAAGAGUUUACAUUUAUAUAUACAUCUGUGCCUGUCACUGUCUGGACUCACUGGUGUAUUAUAACAGUUGCAGAAUUCCUUAAAGGAGGGACAUGGAAAUUUGUAUCAUUGAUAGUCUAUUUCAAUAUAGGACUCAAUGUAUAGAUAUAUAUAUCAAGGUAGUAAGUCAAGAUGGCUUCGAUUGUUCAUUUGGAUUUUUUCUUGUUUUUUAAACCAAAAUUUAUAGUGGCUAUAAAUAACAUUGAUCGACACUGUACAGUAUCUGAGGCAAUCCCAGAGUCUCCUCUUAAAAGACUUGCCUUAGCCAAGUUGCAGGAAUAAUCUUUGAGGGGGCAAUGGGGCCUUUGACUCCCCAAAACUGAAAUUGAUCCCUCCAUGUUCCAAUUUUCUUUUAAUUUGACAUUGAAUAGCCCAUCUUUAUUCUAAUAUUUGACUAAAAAUUGCUAAAAUUGGCCCACUGCUCUCAAAUCAAGGAUUUUCCCUGAAGUUGUGUAGUCAUGUAUCAAUGAAGUCCACCAUACUCAUGCAGAGCUGCAUGCCUACUCCUACGAUUAAGGCACUAUUAUAAUAAAUUACCGUAGUAUGAUUUAGAGCACUGAAUUAUGCCUGUACAGUUUCCAAGUUUAAUUACAAUUUUUAAUAAUUCGGAAGAAUUCCUGUUUGUUUGUUAGAUUGCCAUUAUCUGGUGAUGACGUCCAUUUUCAUUAUCGUAAAUCAGAAUAACAGAAAUUGCUUUACCAGACAUUUAAACAGCAUUCGAAAAAGUGUUGAUUACGAUUACCAGAAAAAAAUAUCUUGACAAAACACUUUACCAGGUUCAUCUUUUGAGUAGUGAUAAUGAAAAGUUGCUGAAAAUCAUGAAGCAGGAUCUUAAGUUAUCAUAAAAACAUAUUUUAAUUAAUUCAGUUAUUUAAUUUCAGAUUCCAUUAUGCUCACUUGUCCAGCAACCAGAAAUAUAAAAUUAUAUGAUUUAUGUAAUAUAUCUCUGUAACAUCAUGAUUAGAAUAAGUGCUUUCUAACUUUUGUUCUCAUCUUGUGAAAUGGGUCUUUCAGUGGUAUUCAUGUUCUAAAGUAAAAUAAUAACAUGAUCACUGAAAGUGUUUCUGUACAAUAUGUCAUUGUGUUUAUAUAUUAUAACAUACAAAAUGUACAUGUUAUGGAAAUUAUUCAAAUGCAUACAAAUAACUACAAAUCAAUAAAAUAAAUGUACUACUUGUGGAAUUCAACUCAAAUGUCGUGACACCAUUAUCAUAAACUUUGGCAUGUCAAUGGUACUUGCAUGCUACGUACUAAUGAUUGUUUCUGAAACAUAUUUUAUGAACUGAAGUUACUGAACUGUCAAAUCUGCUUUAAUUAUACGACUACAUGAAGAUCAAUCUAUUGAUGUUGCCUAAAUUAAUCACGGCUGUAUCAUUUGAACUAAACUAAGAUAAAAUGUACAUUCAGAUUGUAUAUGAAAAAAACCUGACUAGUGAAGUUAUUUCCCUUGUUAAUGCUGUGUGACCUUCCAAGGGAAGUAACUCUACUGAUCUUGUUCAAUGCACAGUUGCAUGUUCUCUUACACUGAGAAACCAUGAGUGACUUGUACAAAUAUACAAUAUAUGUUCACUACAUGUACAGUACAUGUAGUUUUUACUUCAACUUGUGAAUAUGAGGUUGAUAAAUUAUGUACGAUGAGUAUUUUAUAGAAUAUAGACAUUUUGCCAGUAUUUUGAACUUAAAGAUUUUUUUUAUUUGACUCAUGAAAUAUCUUUUUUAUAUACAAGAUAGUGAUUUAUCUACAUCAAAAGUAAAUUACUUAUGAUAAUUAUGGUUGUAAUAAUUAAUUUACAGACAAUUAUACCAUGUUAACAUAAUCAGCACCCUACAUUUCCUUGGUUAGAUUGUUAACUCAUUCACCCCCGAACACAUUUGAACUCUUCCAAUUCAAAGACUGGAAUAGAUCAUUAUGAUAUUUCAGGGAUGACUGAGUUCAACUUUUAGCCAGAAUGUGGAACACUGAAUACAUCAACUAAAGGACCCAUUACCAGGCUUCACCCUUAAUUCAAAUUAUAAAUUGCAGUCAAUUGCCUCAUGAACAUGUUCUAUGUGAUAAUCAUAAACAAAUCUUAUCAAGGUAACAUCUUUAUACCAUUGUUAAAUAUUGGAACUUGUACAUGUGGAAAACCUAUAAUAUACAAUGUCCUAUAUUGGUCUGAGCAUGUAGAAGUCCAUAGGGUGCUAAUGAUGUUGGCCAAUGGUAUACAAUUUUGUGUAUCUCAUGAAUAUCGGUUGAUGUUUCUAUAUUUGCAAAAGUGACAUUAAUACCAUUCUCCACAUUCUACAUACAUGUAUUUUGUAUAAAAAAACAAACAGAUUUAUAUAAAAACUGCCAAAAUU